CCGGAAACGAUCAAAAAACUCCAGGAUGCCGCUCUCGCCUUUUUAGGCGAUGGAGAUGGCCAGCCGCCGUGUGGAGUGUCGCAGACGCACUUGUGCACUCUUCUGAGCAGACUCGGCUAUGAGGAAAGAACACGACACGGAAGCCACGUCACGUUUGGCAAAUCGGAACAGUCCGAUUUUCCAAAUCUUGGAAAGGACAGCAUCACUCUCGUUAUGAUCCACGGGAGACGAAACAUGAAAGCCGACCGUGACAAGCUCAGGCAGUGGAGGGACGCUCUCGAGGCUGCGGGAAUAACCUGGGAGUCGAUUCAGGAAGAAUGCCGACAACAUUCAGAACGGCAAUCGCGAGCUUGAAUUCGGAGCCGACCACACGGUUCGCCAGUUGGCCUUGCCAGGAACGAGGUCCUUUGGAACAUUUCCCAGUUGUCUCUGUCUCGGCGUUUACAUGGCGCACCGCAUCCCUGUUUCAACUUCAACAGCGUCGUUGCCAUCGCGCCACGAACAUAGCCGCCAAACGGAGAAGCCAAGGACCAAGACUCGCGCAGCGGCACGACCAUCGCGCAUCAUGCACCGGUUUUCGACAAACGGCGGCCUGAUGUCACCCUGCUUGAGCAUGGGGCGCUCGACGAGUAUGAGGGCCUCAACAAGCCAUGAACGAAUCCCCGGGAGCAAAAAAAACGAGUCAUUCCCGUUCCACGACCUGGAUUUCCAAAUGAAUCUCCUGCUUGGUCUAGGACAUUCGGUUUCGCCUCCGAGAUUUGCAACGACUUCACUUGCCGGCCGUCGACCGUCCCAGCUCACCAUGAUCUUCAUCCAGCCCGCAACCAACACCAGCACCGAAAGCCUCAGCGAGUUCCGGUUCAAGACGAUAUUGGUGUCCACCCUCCUCGAGGUCAGGGUCCACACCAUUGUCCCGGAGCUGCAGGAGGAGAUUGACUGGGGCGAUGGAUGUAUAGCCUGCUUGGUAUCUUCACUGGUUAGAAACCAAGACCGACUGCGCGAUUGGGGUGGCAGACAUAUGUGUGUACAUUCAUUGCAAGGUGGAUUGCAAGGUGGAUUACCAGGCUGGAAAAAAUUCGCAGGUUAGGCUCGCCACAUGCAACAGCCCCGACAGGCCCCCCGGGAGGCUUCCGGGGCGAAGCAAGCCCAAUGCCACUGUUGAAGGGAGCCCAUCACCACCAACGGGGCUGUGACCACAGGCAGCCAG